AGUUGUUUAUGGCGGCAAAAUCAUGAGAAUUUAGCAACACUACUAAACUAAAAAAAAUAAUGGAAAAUAACAUUUUUUGAGAAAAAAGACUCAUUUCAUACAAGAUGUGCUUCAACAACAUGUGGUAAAGGAGUAAAAAAGGCAAUUUAUCGGCAAGACCAAUUAUUUCAUUACAUCUCACAGACGCUUUCAUACCUGUCAGUUAUUGAGUUAUUAUGGCAUGUUGCAAAAUAUUGCUGGCAUUUGGAUUUGUAAAUUCUUAAAGUGAAGAGAUUCAUUUGCCAUGAAAACUACUCAGAGCAUAUACGAUGCUGUACUACAACAUAUGCAACAAAGCAACUUUUCCUUUAACUUCACUUUGAGCUGGCCACCACAAGAGCAGGAUGAGUAUCCAAGCAUCUACAAAACAGGGAGGACAUUUUACGCCUAUUUCACACCGGUGAUUCUCAUUGUUGGCUUCAUAGGAAAUUCUCUGUCCUUUAAUGUGUUUAUGUCUAAAGGAAUGCGAAACCUAUCUGCAAGUGUGUAUCUCGCUGCCUUGUCUGCAACAGAUCUUGUUACUCUGUUGUGUUAUGUCAUGGUUGAAUGGUUUCGUAGAGGAUUAGUUUACUUGCAGCCUGAGUGGAAAGUUAGCUUUGUGGAUACGGAUUAUCUGUGUCAGUUUCAAAUGUACACUUCGUACGUGUCACGAAUGUCGUCAGUUUGGCUAGUGGUUGCUUUCACGGUGGAGAGGUACAUUGGUGUUUGUCAUCCACUUCGGCGGAUUGAUAUAUGCACUGUAAGUAGUGCCCGUAGAAUAGUAAUCUGCAUAUUUGUUACGUCACUAACACUUGUUCUGUAUAAACCAUUUAUGACUGGAGUUUUUAUAAGUGGAAAUGGAAAUAAAUAUUGUACCACGUAUCCUAAGUACAACCUUGAAUCCUUCAUCCUUGACAGUGUGUACGGUCUAUUAAUCACAAUUAUACCUUUCACAAUCAUCUCUGUGAUGAAUUUUCUCAUCAUCAACAAACUCUUUGCCAGAAAACGGAAACAGAAAAAGACAAGAAUUCUGUCAGAAGAAGCCUUAGUGCGUUUGGAAUUUACUUCAAUUCUGUUUGUGAUAUCAUUUUGCUUCGUAGUAUUCAACAUUCCAUUCCUUAUCAUGUGGAUCCGGAAUUUUUUCCACUCCAAACACAUUUCAAACCAAAUCAAUGAAUCUUCUUACAAAGUAGACUAUUGGCGAGGAAUUCUAUAUAUAACACGUACUAUUUUUUACGCAAAUUACUGUAUUAAUUUUUUCUUGUACAGUUUGACAGGGGCUUACUUCAGACGGGGUUUGAAAGCCCUGUUCUGCAGGAAAUCUGAUGGACUCCUCAGAUCCCACAGUGUUUUAACAAGAUACAACUCACAUUCGCAUACAAAUCAGUCAUGGGUUUAACUUAUAGACUGUGCACAACCUUUUUACUUAUUUUUUGUAUGUAGUCCUUAUUAACAGAAUAAACGUUUCUGUUUUUCUCUUUGUUUAUACAUAGUAAGUUAGUUGUGUGCA